CGCUCACUUUCUGUCUUUUUGUCUGUCUGUCCAGGACAUGCACCAGAGCUCCACCCCUUCCAUGACGACCAUCUCCAGUGCGCUCAAUCCCUCGGGAAUCAUUGUCCCGGCGAGCACGCUGCAGCAGGGCAAUGUCGCCAUGACGACCAUCAGCUCCUCACAGGUGGUGUCAGGUGGGACCCUGUACCAGCCGGUUACUAUGGUGACGUCACAGGGGCAGGUGUUGACCCAAGCCAUCCCCCAGGGAACCAUCCAGAUCCAAAACGCACAGCUGAACCUGGAUCUGUCUUCCCUUCUGGACAGUGAGGAUAAGAAGUCAAAGAACAAGCGAGGAGUCCUCCCCAAACACGCCACCAACAUCAUGCGAUCAUGGCUCUUCCAGCACCUCAUGCACCCGUACCCCACGGAGGAUGAGAAGCGACAAAUCGCAGGGCAGACCAACCUAACUUUACUGCAGGUCAACAACUGGUUCAUUAACGCGAGGAGGCGGAUCUUGCAGCCCAUGCUGGACGCCAGUAACCCUGACCCCGCCCCCAAAGCCAAGAAGAUGAAGUCACAGCACCGGCCCACCCAGCGAUUCUGGCCGGACUCCAUAGUAGCGGGGGUCCUCCAGCCACAAGGGGCGCACUCUGGCAACAACGCCGAUGGGUCUUUGGUGAUGGACAGGCUGCAACCCCUGUCCUCGGAUUCAGCCACCCUUGCUAUGCAGCAGGCCAUGCUGGGAGGGGGUGGGGAGGACUCACUCGACGGCACAGAGGAGGAAGAGGAGGAUGAGGAGGAAGAGGAGGAUGAAGAAGAGGAGAUGGAAGAGGAGGAGGAGGAGGAGGAGGAGGAGGAGGAGGGAGGGCAGCGGCUGCACACCACUGACGUGGGAGAGCUGGGCUUGGAGCACAGCGACUCCCUGGAGUGAAGGAGGAGAAAGAGACAGGAGCCAGGGGGCAAGGCUGGGGUCACACCAUCACGCUACAACCCUGCUGCAAAACAAUCUUAUCUGGAUUUAAAAAAAAAAAACAAAUCUGAUUUUAACAGACAAAUUACAAAAAAAAAAAAACCCAAUAGAAAUAGAAUAAAAAUCUUAAAGAUGACCCUACAGCACAUAAUGUAAUAUAUAUUUGGUUUUUGAAGAGAUUUUCCUUUAAAUAAAAACAGUCAACACAAAUGAUUCCAGACAGGACAUUUAAGCUAAAGUAAAGAACUAGUGCGGUCUGUUUAUUAUUAAAUGGUGUUAUUUUUAUAAGACAAAUUGAUUUGUCUAAACAGUGAUGGAUCAGAAUAGCUCCUCUGUUUUAAAAAUUAAAUCAGGACAUUUUACUUACUGUUAUUUACUAUUGCAGACAAAAAGACACUUCAGUCCCACUGUUGGAGAUGCUGUCUCAAAGUCCAUUCCUUUUAAUAAUGUAAACCAUGGCAGUAUUUAGGUCAAUUGAAAAUACUCUUGUACGCAGUACAGGACUCACAGGCAAGACUUGUUUGUUUUCACACACUACCUUUAUAUGGGCUAUAGAUGUAUCCAUCUGAAAUUGUUCUGCAUUUUGAUCUGCUGCCCUUUUAUAUGAAUCCAAUUCUAGUUCUUAAUAUAUACGGAAAAGGAAAGGACAAUUGCGUGCUGCUGGGAGGACAUAGCAUCAAGAUAAGCAUCAGCCUGCCUGAACCCUGAGCUUUCGGCACCUUUCUUCGAUUCAUGACAACGGAAAAGGAUCGAACCAUGAUUUGAAAAACAUUUUGUUCCACACCAUUCAUCCUGCAGUAAGGAUUUCAAAUGCAGGAUGAUUUUGCCCGGAAGUUUUUUUUUUUUUUUUUUUUGUGCUGGAUAAUAAUAAAGAUGUGAAAAGAAAAACUGAUGGAACUUGAAGCUGGAGGGAGAGGAUGGGAACGUCAGAGACAAUAUAAAUGUUCUCCCUUUCUGCUAGAACAAUCUACAACCUGUGAAGGAAUGUUCUGCCUGCCUUCACUAAACGACGAAAGCAUCUGUUUUCGAUGUGCUUAUCCCUUUUUUUUUUUUUUUUAAAGACCUGACAGCUAUAUUCUCCAUUCUUGAAUGUUCAUUGUGAAUUCUGCCUUCCAUUUGUCCCAUUUCUCUCUGCG